AUGAAGUUGUUUAAUUUCAUUACUCUGGCAGCUUUGGCCGUGCUAGAAGUCUUUGCCGCGCCCCCUUUCCACCAGUCGUUAAGCGCCGAAUCUUCUGUACUGAGACGAAGGAUACCAGACACCCAUAUCCAACAUGAGAAAAGAGCUGCAGUACAAGAAAGAUCCUGGACGAAAUUGAAGAGGGCAAUACCUGAUGCUAUCUUACCUAUGCGCAUAGGUUUGAAGCAGCAAAAUCUCCAAUCAGGCCACGAUCUGUUGAUAGACAUAUCAAACCCUAAAUCAAAGAACUAUGGCAAGCACCUCUCAGCAGGAGAGGUUGUCAAAUUCUUUGAGCCGGCAGAAGCAAGUGUCAAGACAGUGAAAGACUGGCUCAUCAAGGCGGGGAUUCCGUCUAAUACCAUCUCGCAGUCUAGCAAUAAACAAUGGGUACAAUUCGAUGCCCCCGUUAACAAAGUAGAAGAUCUCUUAAUGGCAGACUAUCACAUCUGGGAACACGUAGAUACAGGUGCUAAAAACAUCGCUUGUGAUGAAUAUCACUUGCCAAAAGAGGUGAAAGAACACGUUGACUACAUUACACCUGGUAUUAAGCUGAUGGGCUACGGGAACACACAAGAGCCUCCAUCGAAGAAACGGAGGGAAGCCGGUGUACACUCCAUUCAUCGUUUCGGCCAGCCAGUUGAUGAGGGUGAACUUGCUAAGCUUAAAAGUGAGAGGAGCAAGAAUAACCUCGCAUCCCUUAAACGGACUACAGGGCCGAACGUAGAGGGACCUUUACGCCUUGCGAGCCCAGUGGAACCUGCAGAUGUAGCAAGCGGUAAUUUCACGCUGCCUGGUGGCUGUGAUAAAUAUAUCACACCGGAUUGUAUCAGGGCUCUGUAUGGCAUCCCGAAAGGGUCCAAGAAACACCCAGAUAACAAAAUGGGAAUUUUCCAAUCCCUCGGGCAACACUACACACAGCAUGAUCUCGACACAUUCUUCUGGAGCUUCACGGAUGAAAUCCCGAACGGAACGCAUCCUGAGCUCUUUUCCGUAGACGGCGGGCAAGGAGCUACAACAAAUCUUAGGCUGGCCGGCUCAGAAUCAAACCUCGAUUUUCAAAUGGCGUACGGAUUGAUCUGGCCCCAGGAGCCUGCGCUCUACCAGGUCGACGACGAGUGGUACCAGACUAACUACCAGUUUGACCCAGAGUCAUACUUGGGCUUUUUUAACAACCUUUGGAACGCAAUCGACGGCAGCUACUGUACCUUCGAGGCAUAUGGCGAAUCAGGUAAUUGUAAACGUCCCGAAUGUCGAGACCCUGUGUAUCCGAAUCCGCAUGACCGUUCUGGAUACAGCGGCCAGUUGAUGUGCGGUGUGUACAAGCCGACAAACGUCAUCAGUAUCUCGUACAGCGGAGCCGAAAUUGAUCUCCCAGCGUCUUAUCAGCAGCGACAAUGUGCCGAGAUUAUGAAGCUCGGCUUACAAGGCUCUACGAUCAUCAUCUCAUCAGGCGAUUACGGCGUCGGUGGCUUCUCAUCACCCGGGGCACCUUCUGGCUGCUUAGGUCCCGCACAUGAUGUCUUCAAUCCGCAGUUCCUCGCGACCUGUCCUUAUAUCUUGGCGGUGGGAUCGACCGUCCUGCAGGCUAAUGGGACUCCUGGUGUCGACCCCGAGGAGGCGACGGACAGGUUCCCGUCUGGUGGGGGAUUCUCUAACAUCUACGAUGCCCCGGAUUGGCAAAUGGAUAUUGUCAAUAAGUAUAUCGAAGAGGCUAAGCUCCCAUUCGAGGGUUACGAAGGCGGUGGCAGCAACUUUAGCAACGUUCACGUCGGUAUAGGGCACUUCAACAAGCUAGGGAGAGCAUAUCCAGAUGUCUCGGCUAAUGGAGACCACUUCGUCAUUUCGAGCGGCGGCGAGCUACUUAGCAUUGGUGGCACAUCCGCUUCGGCGCCACUCUGGGGAUCGAUCAUAACUCUGAUUAACGAGGAGCGCUUAGCGGCCAGUAAAAGCCCGGUCGGCUUCGUUCAUCAAGUCCUGUAUUCUCACCCCGAAGUCUUCAAAGACAUCACAAAGGGCGAUAACCGAGCAUGUAAGACGACUGGAUUCCCGGCUAUUGAGGGAUGGGAUCCUGUAUCGGGAAUGGGUACUCCGGACUACCCCAAGCUGUUGGAGCUCUUUCUGAGCUUGCCGUAA